AUGGCAAUAUCCCUGCCGGAUACUUCCCUCCCGAAAAAGGGGCCAGGCUCUUUGCCGACAGCAGCCAAUGACCUCGAUAUCCAACAGACACAUCAGCAUCACUCAUUGGCCUCCAACAGUGAAGACGACUUGUCUAUCAGCGAGGCGACGUUUGUGUCGGAAGCAAUUGACUCAUUGUCAAUAAGCAAGCAGCAAAUCGUCGAUGGCAUUGUGGGAUUGUACGUGGAACAAAUCGAUGAUUGGACGACGAGACUAGCAAGCUACGUCAAGGGUGCAACCGGGACGAUCGAAACUGGACAUGGGAGCCACAAAUCGCAGGACCUGUCAUAUGUGCCCGCUGGAUCAACAUCUUGUCCAAGUCAGAAACGAAAGCGCCAGGUGGGCGAUGGCAGAGACGAAGAUCGUGAGGAUGACGACAGCGACUCUCGAGGCAAGAAACCGAAACCCGACAAUGACGCCAAAGACGGUAAUUGUGCUCCUCUGGCGUGUCCGUGCUAUAAAUUUGAUCGAUGGCCAUGCGAGCUUCGGUCAUGCAAAGGCCCUGAGUGGCCAAUGGUUGUAAGAGUCAAGUAUGGUGCAACACGAACCCUCUUCGUCCAAAGUUCUUGCUUACACAACAAAAGGGAGCAUGUCUAUCGAUGCCACUCCGUUCCCAAGUACAUCUGUAUUAGGUGCCAACGGGACCUGAAGACCGCAGCAUUGCUCCAAGAUCACGCCCAGGAAGCACAAUCUUGUGAGCAACAGACCCCAAGGUUUACAUAUCAGGCUGGUCAGGUCUUGGAAUCGAACCUGAGGAACAGACAAGGACUCAACAAGUUGGAUCGCUUGGAGAAGUGGCGAAAGGCAUACAAGAUGAUAUUCGACGUUGAGGACAGCCACAUUCCCGAUCCGCGCAUGGGGUUCGGAGACAAGAGUACACCAGAAUCGCUAGGAGACUUCCUGAGGAGGGGGAUGCCUGGCCAAAUCAGGAGGCUUGCGACGGCUGAGGUCGACCGACUUUUUGUGCCACAGGCAGAAGCAUGCCAGGCUCUGAUGGUGAAACUCAUUGUAGGCCUUGAGCGACCCCCGGGGCAGAGGUUUCGGGCCUGCAUGAACAAACCUCCGACAACACGCGGCCGGUGUAUAAGGACCAUUUCUGGUGUACCCCCCGCGGGUGUUCCCAUCAGUUCGCCAUUUUCACCGUCACAGGGGCCGUCAGGGUUCUCGCUGCCGUCUUCCGGUCACGAGAAUACACCCAUGAGCUCGGACGGCCAGCCUGGCUCCAGCCGAGUCGACUCUGCCCAGUCCAGGAUUUUGCGACCUCACCAGCACCGGCCCAGCCGAGAGACGCACGAAAGAGGACGAGAAGUUCUAUUUGAUAGAGCUCACGAGUGCCCCAAACCCAGUGGGCUGGGCAAUACUAUAGCCCGGGACUUAUUGAACCUGUAG